GGCGCCAUCUUCUUCUAGGCUCACUGAGGGCUCUGCCUGUUCUUGGGAGGCUGCCGCGACGAGGAGUGCCCUCAGCCUCCGGCCUUGUGUGUCCGACUCGGCAGCAGUGGUGUGUGUUUGCCAAGUGCGAAGCAGUUCCCCUCUGGGCGCCGCGGGUGGGGAGGGCUGGACGACCAAGCCGGAAGAACGGGGAAAGGCGGGGCCGGCGGCAGCCCGGGGAUCUAGCGUAGCGCCUGCAGUUAGGGCACCCUCUUUUCUUGCUAAAACACCGACUCUCCCUUUCCCGUCAGCUUCCAUGUGGUGGUGUAUGUGCGCUUCCCAGGGAUCUUGAGAGUGAAGAUCUCGAAGGAUUUCAUAGUUAAGUUGCUUUUACAGAAUUAACAGGUCUACAAGAAAUUUAAAAAAAGGUCAUUAUUGCUGUGGUUUGAGCUCAGCAUGGCUGUAGUCAUCCGUUUACUGGGGCUUCCUUUUAUUGCGGGGCCUGUGGAUAUUCGUCACUUCUUCACGGGAUUGACUAUUCCUGAUGGAGGAGUGCAUAUAAUUGGAGGGGAAAUUGGGGAGGCUUUUAUUAUUUUUGCAACAGAUGAAGAUGCAAGACGUGCCAUAAGUCGUUCAGGAGGGUUUAUCAAGGAUUCAUCUGUAGAGCUCUUUCUUAGUAGCAAGGCAGAAAUGCAGAAGACUAUAGACAUGAAAAGAACUGAUCGUGUAGGAAGAGGGCGCCCACGAUCUGGGGCAUCAGGGGUUGGCAGCCUGUCUAAUUUUAUUGAGUCUGUUAAGGAAGAAGCAAGUAAUUCUGGAUAUGGCUCUUCAAUUAAUCAAGAUGCUGGGUUUCAUACUAAUGGUACAGGACAUGGUAAUUUAAGGCCAAGAAAGACAAGGCCAUUGAAGGCCGAGAAUCCUUACUUGUUUCUACGAGGUUUGCCUUACCUAGUAAAUGAAGAUGAUGUACGUGUCUUUUUCUCUGGUUUGUGUGUGGAUGGAGUAAUUUUCUUAAAACAUCAUGAUGGCCGAAAUAAUGGUGAUGCCAUAGUAAAAUUUGCUUCCUGUGUUGAUGCUUCAGGAGGUCUUAAAUGUCAUAGAAGUUUUAUGGGUUCAAGAUUUAUAGAAGUAAUGCAAGGAUCAGAACAACAGUGGAUUGAGUUUGGUGGUAAUGCAGUUAAGGAGGGUGACAUUCUUAGGAGAUCUGAAGAACAUUCUCCACCAAGAGGAAUUAAUGAUAGACAUUUUAGAAAACGGUCUCAUUCAAAAUCUCCCAGAAGGACACGUUCUCGUUCCCCUCUUGGAUUUUAUGUUCACUUAAAAAAUCUGUCCCUCAGUAUUGACGAAAGAGAUUUAAGAAAUUUCUUUAGAGGUACUGAUCUGACUGAUGAACAGAUUAGAUUUUUAUAUAAAGAUGAAAAUAGAACAAGAUAUGCCUUUGUGAGGUUCAAGACUCUGAAAGACUACAAUACUGCUCUGAGUUUACAUAAGACUGUUUUACAGUAUCGUCCAGUUCAUAUUGAUCCAAUUUCUAGAAAACAAAUGCUGAAGUUCAUUGCACGUUAUGAAAAGAAGAGAUCAGGUUCACUAGAGAGAGAUAGGCCUGGACAUGUUUCACAGAAAUACUCUCAAGAAGGUAACUCUGGCCAGAAGCUGUGCAUCUAUAUAAGAAAUUUUCCAUUUGAUGUUACAAAAGUUGAAGUGCAGAAGUUCUUUGCAGACUUUCUUCUUGCUGAGGAUGACAUUUACUUGCUUUAUGAUGACAAAGGUGUUGGUCUGGGAGAAGCAUUAGUGAAAUUUAAAUCAGAAGAACAGGCCAUGAAAGCUGAACGUUUAAACCGACGAAGAUUCUUAGGGACAGAGGUGUUAUUAAGACUUAUAUCUGAGGCACAAAUGCAGGAGUUCGGUGUAAAUUUUUCCGCGAUGUCCAGUGAGAAGAUGCCAGCUCGCUCACAAUCACGUGAGCGAGGUGAUCAUUCCCAUUUAUUUGACUCAAAAGACCCACCAAUAUACUCAGUUGGUCCUUUUGAAAGCUUUAGACAUCAACUAGAGGACCUGAGGCAACUAGAUAACUUCAAGCAUCCCCAGAGGGAUUUCCGGCAGCCUGACAGGCACCCUCCAGAAGACUUCCGACACUCCUCAGAAGAUUUCAGGUUUCCCCCGGAGGACUUCAGGCGCUCCCCAGAGGACUUCAGACGACCUCGGGAAGAGGACUUCAGGCGGCCUUCUGAGGAGGACUUCAGGCGCCCUUGGGAGGAAGAUUUCAGGCGCCCUCCGGAGGAUGACUUCAGGCACCCUAGGGAGGAAGACUGGAGGAGGCCCCUUGAGGAGGAUUGGAGGCGGCCACUGGAGGAGGAUUUCAGGCGGUCUCCCACGGAAGACUUCAGGCAGCUUCCUGAGGAGGACUUCAGGCAACCUCCUGAGGAGGACUUCAGGCGGCUCCCAGAGGAAGAUUUCAGGCGGCCACCCGAGGAGGACUGGAGACGGCCCCCAGAGGAGGACUUUAGGCGGCCUCUUCAGGGAGAAUGGAGGCGACCACCCGAGGAUGACUUCAGGCGGCCCCCAGAGGAGGAUUUCAGGCACUCCCCUGAGGAGGACUUCAGGCAGUCACCCCAAGAGCAUUUCCGGAGGCCACCUCAGGAGCAUUUCCGGCGGCCACCCCCGGAGCAUUUCCGGCGGCCACCCCCAGAGCAUUUCCGGCGGCCACCCCCGGAGCAUUUCCGGCGGCCACCCCCGGAGCAUUUCAGGCGGCCACCUCCGGAGCAUUUCAGGCGGCCACCCCCGGAGCACUUCCGGAGACCGCCCCAGGAGCAUUUCAGGCGUCCGCCUCAGGAGCAUUUCAGGCGCUCUCGAGAGGAAGAUUUCAGGCACCCACCAGAUGAAGACUUCAGGAGCCCUCCCGAUGAAGACUUUAGGCACCCACCUGAUGAGGACUUCAGGAGCCCCCAGGAGGAAGAUUUUAGAUGCCCUUCUGAUGAGGACUUCAGGCAGCUCCCAGAGGAAGACCUUAGGGAAGCUCUGGAGGAGGACCCUAGACUUCCUGACAAUUUUAGACCUCCUGGUGAGGAUUUUAGGAGCCCUCCUGAUGAUUUCAGAAGUCACCGCCCUUUUGUGAAUUUUGGUCGCCCAGAAGGUGGCAAGUUUGAUUUUGGGAAGCAUAAUAUGGGAAGUUUUGCUGAGGGGAGAUUUAUUACUGAUCCAAAGAUAAAUUGUGGUUCAGGUAGAGUAACUCCUAUUAAGAUCAUGAAUCUUCCAUUUAAAGCUAAUGUUAAUGAAAUUUUAGACUUCUUCCACGGUUAUAGAAUCAUACCUGAUUCAGUUUCAAUUCAGUAUAAUGAGCAAGGCUUACCUACAGGGGAAGCCAUUGUUGCUAUGAUAAACUAUAAUGAAGCUAUGGCUGCUAUUAAAGAUCUAAAUGAUAGGCCAGUUGGGCCCCGAAAAGUAAAGUUAACUUUGUUGUAGAGAGCAUUUCUAAAUUCAGUUAUCUUCCUUGCAGUAUUGAUAGAGUAAAAUACAUGUGUUUUUAAAAGGUUUUUUUUUUUUUUUUUAAAUCUAGUGAAAUGUAUUAAUUUUGACCUGUGAAUAGAACAAAUGUAAAUAGUAGAAUGUGAAUCUGGUUUUCUUUUGCUUGCAAAUUGCCAUUCAUUUUUUUUCUAAUUUAAAAUUAUACAUACUGUUUUUUUCUUUGAUGGUGAGAAAUAAUUCCCUGAGUUCAUUCAUUUUUGUUGAUGUCAUGGGUAAGCUUCAAGACUCAUUGAAGUAGAGUUGUAUUUGGGGAAGAUACAUUUCACUUUUUUUUUUUUUCAUUCUGAAGUCUACAUUUUUUACUCAAACUAUGUAAGGAAAUAGUGACUGGUUGUUCAGGUUUGGCAUUUUCAUUGCUACCUGCCUGCAGAAUUAAUGCCCUCUUCCUUGUCUGAGAUAUUACUGUGUUAAGUGUCCUGUUAAUUAUAAAUAGUUCAAAGUGGACAGUCAACUUGAAAUUUACUUAUGUAAAAAGCUUAGGUGAUUCUUAGGGUUUCCAUGUUCAAAACUUUACAAAGUUUUAUAAAAAUAAAAUUGCAACUUAAUAGAGCAACUAAUUAACUUGUAUUUGUAUAAAAAGAAAAAAAAUUGCAGCUUGAUAUUGUGAAGUUUUUCAAUAGCUUUAUUAAACCAUAUUUAUCGUGGGAGGGACCAGACAUUCUAUAAUAAUAAUGUAUAGUGCUGUGUGUAAUUCCAUGGUUUCUUCGACGUCUUAACAAAAUAAGAAUAAUACAACACACUCAAAAGACAGUAAAGUAAGAAUCUAAUUGUAAGUACAAGGGGACUCAGGCUUAUGCUGGGAAGAAUCUGACAGAUGGUAUAGUUUGUUUUUCUAGGAGGGAUCUACUGAUGAGUCACAUAACUUGCAUGUAAUACUAGGUUCUCAUUUUUUAGCUUCAAAACUUUGUAUCCAUGCAAAGACUCCAUAACUAAGACUUGUGUGGUUGAAUUUUGACUUCUUUGAUAUUCAGCAUUUAUUGCAUAAUUUCUCAGAUAGGGAAUUUGAUUUUCUAUACCCAUAAUAAUAUUUAUAGCUAACAUUAGGCACUUACUAUGUGCUAGGCACUGUAAGCACUUUAUAUGCAUAAUCUCAGUAUUCCCUAUGAGUACAGGGUUAUUUACCUCUAUUUCACAAAUGAGAUAAUGAAGUGGGAGAUUAAGUAACUUGCUUGAAGUCACAGGUAUUAAAUCAUGGGGCCAAUUUCAACCCAGACCACUGACUCCAGUUCAUGCUUAAUUUUGCUGCCUUUUUAAAGUGGUAUUUUAAAUUAGGAAGACCAUGCUAAUGAUACUUGCAAAGAUAAGUGAUAUUUUCUUAUUUCAAUUAUUGGUUUAAGAUUAGCAUUAAAAAAGGUAAAACCAGCAUGCUCAAACAUUGUUAAUUAAAAAAAUAAAAGACUUUAAAAGUUUCUUUAUAUUUAGGAUUUCUCUUGGGAUAUUCACAUUGUAUGUUACUGGCUUCUGUUUCAGAAUUGUUCAUUUUAUUUAACGUGAUUGACUUUGGUUGGCCUUUUAUAAUUUACGUAAAACAUAAUUUUCCUCAAUUCUGUAAUCCAGAUUUAACACGUUGAAUAAAUAAGAAUAUAGUUGAAUUUACAUAUGGUAAUUUAAGGCUAUUGCAUAGGUAGAACACUUUUUAGUACCUAUACGUAUCUUUGGUGUUACUUUUCAGUCAUUUAAGGAAAUCUAAGAAAAAUCUGAUUAAAUUUGUCUUUGUUUUAAAUAGUGAAUAAACAAAGUCUGCUCACUAUAGAAUGAAUAAACAGGUAAAUUUGAUAUGAAAAAGCACCUCAGUAUGAUUCUUUAUAAGCUUGUAAGUAGCUAGGGUAAUGUUAAAUUGUUUGGAAUAUUGAAACCAAGCACAAUGAAGAAAGAAAUAUUUCUAAUUGAGCAAAGAUUGUAUAGAUGCUUCAUUUGGUCAGCCAUCUUGAAUAAUAUAUGAAAAGUUAAAAAAUACUUCUCAAAUACAAAGGAAUAAAGCUAAGAAGCUUUACAUGAGAGAUUACUUAUUGUGGAAUUGGUUUUCAAACUGGGCUGGGGUGGCAGAUAAGAGCCUGGCUAUAGUAAACAUAAGCUUUGUAGUUAUAUUUUAUUUUAAGAGCUAGAGUCUUGUUCUGUUGGCC